AUGGAUUAUGAGUAGGUAAUGAAUGACAAAAAGUUACGUGAGUAACUGGAAGGAGGUGAAACAAUAGUACUUACAAUGAAAGUGAUAAAAUUUACAGGGCAAAACAAAAAGUUACCAAGAGUCAUUGUACAUCAUUAUCGCUUAAUAUUAUAGGCCAUAACAAAUAAAAAUGUGUAUAACAUUUCACCUUCUGAAGGAAGUGCCGUGAAGAGUUUUUUUUAAAGUUUGGUUAAUAAGUAAGAGAAUUGAAAUUAAUAUGCAGAUCAAGGAUAAAGAGAAAAAUACCAUUAUCUGCAAUAACCUCAAUCACGAUUUCUAAAAUAGUAAAGGAAUUCAUAUUGCAUAUACCAGUAGAAUACGAUCAACGAUAUCAAGUGGAUGAUUAGUAAUAAGCUGCUAUUAUUGUUUAGAUUAUCAUUGAUUAUACAAACAUUGUGUGAAGUGUACGUAAAGCAUAAUCUAAAAAAAAUACGAUGUCAUUUCAUAGAGGAAAUGAAUUUGAGUCAAUAUACAACAACCAACUAUGAUAUUAAGAAGAACAUUCGUAGAUAGCUACCAAAAUAAGGAGCAGAAAUGACUGUGGAUGAUGUGAAAAUUGCUAUGUAAGCAGCCAGAGGGAAUGUGCAAACAAUCUAUUAAAAGUCUAAUACUUAGGAGAUUAGUAUUGAAGAUUUUACAUUGAUUAAGAUGUUGGGAAGAGGUGCAUUUGGAAAAGUAAUGUUAUGUGAGAAGAAAGACACAAAAGAAAUAUUUGCUAUAAAGAGUUUACGUAAGGAGGACAUUAUCUCAAGAGAUCAUAUUGAGUAUCUGAAAACAGAGAGAAAAAUCUUGGAAUAAACGUAGCAUCCAUUCCUUGUUUCUUUGGAGUAUGCAUUUAUCACCUAAGAGUGUGUUUAUUUUGUUAUGAAAUUUAUGAUGUAUGAAUAGUAAUGUAUCCAAUAGAGGAGGAGAAUUAUACACUCAUCUAUAAAAAGUGAAUAAAUUCAAUGAAGAUUAUGCAUUAUUCUAUUCAUCCUAAGUAUUGUUGGCUCUGGAAUAUCUCCAUAAACAAGGAAUUAUUUAUAGAGAUUUGAAACCAGAAAACAUUUUGAUGGAUGAAAAAGGCUAUGUUGCUUUGACAGAUUAUGGAUUGGCUAAGUUCUUAUCUAAAGGUCAAGUCGCCUAAUCUAUUGUUGGAACUCCUGAAUAUUUAGCCCCAGAGGUAAUUACUCAAUAAGGACAUGCCUUCACUGCUGAUUGGUGGUGUCUAGGCAUUCUUAUGUAUAUACAUUGAAAUAUUUAAGAUUUGAAAUGUUGUGUGGAAGAACUCCAUUCUUUUCAGAAAACAGAAAUUAAAUGUUUAGAAACAUAGUAGAAUCUGAAUUGAAAUUCCCAUCAACUUUGAAUCUCUCUUUUGAUUGUAAGAAUUUGUUGACAGCUUUACUAAAGAAGAAACCUAAUGAAAGAUUGGGAAACAAAGGUGAUGCAGAAGAAAUCAAAAAGCACCCUUGGUUUAAAAAGAUGGAUUUCUAAAGACUGCUUUCAAAAGAAGUAUUUAUUAUAUCAUACCAUUAGAUUUAAGCUCCAAUAAUACCUGAUUUAUAAUCAGCCACAGAUUUAUCCAAUUUCAACCCAUAAAUUCUAGAUGAAAGUAAUCUUCUCUUUAUUAAGGUUUAGAAAUCGAAGACGAUCAAAAUCCGAAUACAAACACACAGGCAGUCAAAAAAUUUGAUUCAGAAUUUUAUGGACUCAAUUACAAAAAAGAAUGA